AUGUUGGCGCAGGCUGGAACCUACAUGUUGAAAGCGAAAAUGCAGGCUCUCAAGGAUCUGUAUGCUAGUCGACACUACACACAGUGCGCAACUUUUGGAGAGCGUUUGCUCGGCGAUAUCAAUGACAAGAUCCAUCCCAUCCACUCCGCUUAUCUGAACUUUUACAUCGCCCUCUCUCACGACACACUAGCGAGAGAAGCGACGCUGAAAAACCGCUACAAGGAACUGAACGCGGCGGAAAAGUACUACAAUGAGACCAUCGUCGCUCUUACACCACCUUCGCCAUCUUCCACUGCGCCGAUGGAGGACGACGACCAGCCUCUGACACCAGACUCUGCGACCAUCCCAGACGAACAGACCUGGUUCCGGCGUUCAUCCAGAGUCAGGUCCUUUGACUCAACAAGCAGCUAUCGCAGCUCGACCUCAAGCACAGAUUCCUACGCCUUCGACCUGGAGGUAGAUCCAGAUCUUGCGCUGAGGAAUUUCCGCUUCCCAUCCCCACCCGGCAAAAACGUGGAAUGGGACUCGUGUGCCGACCCUAGACCCUUGUCCCGCCACAUCAAGAACGACAGCAUCCUAUCACCUCUAUCCACAGACCAUGUGCGAUCGAAACCAGGGGUCCAGCUUCCGAGUGGCACCCCCGCCUUUGUCCGCAUGGUAGAGGGCCAUCUUACUAGUGUGCGGACCCUAAAAGAGACGACCGGUGUCCGUGGUGUGCGUUUCGCAUUCCCGACUCCUUCGCCAUCCCCCACCAAGUCGCAGUUUAAAGAUCCUCGCAGCAGCUGCAUGCUGACAGACGAGGAUCGGGAGAAGCUGCAGCAGAAGAGGAAGAACAUGACAUGGCGCCCACGCUUCAACCCUGAAAGCGUGCAGAAGCUGUGUAGCGAUGCGCUGGCAGAGCUCUCGUAG